AUGGGUGAGAAAGUAAGAAAUGCAUAUGCUGGUGGCUAUAGCGAUACUAUCAAGAGACAAGUCAAGUGCAUGACGUGCAAAAAAAUGCGCAUGCAGAGCGCAUACUCUAAAAGACAGCUCGAUGUCCUGCGAAACGCCAUAGUCGUGCAAGGCGGCCGAGCCCUCACUGGCACUGGCCUCGCCAAAUGCAGAGAAUGUGUGGGCGGACAGACUGUAGAGCUCCGGUGCGCCAUGUGUGAUGAAACAAAGGGCCUUGAGGAGUUUGCAAAGAACCAGAGACACGAUCGUGACCGUGCAAGGUGCUUGGCUUGCGUGCAGAACCAUACGGAAACUGAGCCUGUUCUCGAGGAACAAAAACUGCUUGCCGAAAGCGAGAUGUCCACCGCUCAAGAUACUAUUACGUCCGCAGAUGACGGUUACGCAUACAGUACUGCCUACGGGGAAGAUGAAGAGGAUGAUGAUGACUACUCCAUAGGGGGUGGAGUCUGGGUUGAGCCCGAAUGCCCUCAAGGCAACCCUCCCACUAAGAGCAAAGAGCAUGAAUAUACUGGAUACGACCAACAUGGAAUGCCCCAUCUCCUUAACACGCCUGCUGCGACACCGAAUAGCGUGCACUCUGGCUGGGCUUCUUGGGAAGUCGAGGCUAGUUCUGCGCAAGCAAAUACUCUUCGAGCCGGCAAGCCCUCACCUUCGGUGCAGAAAAAGAAUUCGAACUUUGCGAAGAUCCCAAGAAUGCGAGUUGAGCGAAGCGAUCUCCGGACAUCACGCACCCCGGCCCCCACCAGAGAGAACUUGGCAUAUGAAAAGGGUGACCAUGUUGACAUUGAGGAUUUUCUCUGAGUUAACAGGAACCGUGGUUGAGUCCGGUGAGGCACCCCCACCGAUUCCAAAUAGGACAUUUCCGUGGUUAACCCGCCGGAGCUCCUUGUAGGACCUCACCUAAAUAGAGUGACUAUAGAACGGAGACAGCAACAAUGAGAACCUCGCAUAGAUUAACUCUCGUUUCCCCUAUAGUUUGAUUACUUCGAACCAGCCGGUGAUUUUCCUUUCAGACCACUGUUGAAUCCUGCAUGAUAUUGGGGGGUUUUUUAAGUAAGUACAUUGGUAUGGGGGUUAACUAUGGAAAAACGAAAAAGAAAAAAAAGAAAAAGUACGUGCAUCUGAAGAUGUGCAUGGGCGGUGACGUAUGGCUGGCGUUAGCGGCUGAGAUCGAAUUAGUUCAACGUUUAAACUCUUUCUGUUCCUCGUGAUUUAUUUUCUGAUUAUUAUUUCUCUGCCUCUAUCGGAAAACAAUGCAAUGAUCCUUUCUACUACCGCUGCUUUGUUGCCAGGCUUUUGCAUUCUACGUUUUCUCCAGACAGCUGCAACUGUGUGAUUGUUCAAGAUCAGUCAUACACUACUCCGUACACGAAAUUGUUUCACGCUCCACUUACUCCCCCCGCAGGACCCCUCCAUAUCGU